CCCCAGCUCUUCUUUGGCUAUACACAAGUGAUGGAUCGCGUGAUCCUCGUAUUGCCCAGCCCUGAUAAAGGGUACUUUGCUUUCUAAACCUCCAAAACGAGUCUUAGACGAGUUCAUUUUCUGGCCUUUUCGGUUCUCAGAGGCACUUCAGGUUUCGUGGGCACGAUGGUGUGGGGCUGACGGUUGGACUGGAUGAGCUUAGAAGUCUUUUCCAAUGAUUCUAUAGCCUCACUCGUCCCUUUUCAUUCGGAGACCACAAACACCCUCAGCGCCACCGAGCACGCGAGGCCCACGUGACUCCUCGGCGGGAAAAGGCGAGAUGGGGGCGCGGCCCGAGACGUUAUGGUCAGCCCGCCCCUUGCUGCCACGCCGCUCCUCUCUCAGGCCACGCCCACCCAGUGACGUCGCCGCCGCCCGCGGAACGCGCGCACUUUGCCCCACGUGCCCUGGAAGGAGGGAGAGUGGAGCGGUCAUGGGCGAGGCGGCGACGCCGCCGCGCCCCGGGAUCGGCGUGGGCGUAGUGGUCACUAGCGCCGCGCACCCCGGCUGCGUCCUCCUAGGCAAGAGGAAGGGCCCGGUGGGGGCCGGCACCCAUCAGCUCCCCGGAGGCCACCUGGAGUUCGGGGAGAGCCUGGCGGAGUGCGCGGCGCGGGAGACGCUGGAGGAGGCGGCACUGCCCUUGCGCAACGUGCGCUUCGCUUCGUGUGUCAACGCCGUGUGCGCCGCCGCGCGUUACCACUACGUCACCGUCCUGAUGAAGGGCGAGGCGGAGCCCGGCGCGGAGCCGCGCAACUGCGAGCCCGACAAGAACGAGGGUUGGGAAUGGGUUAAAUGGGAUGAAUUUCCCCCAGCAGAUCAACUGUUCUGGGCCUUACGCUGUUUAAGGGAACAAGGUUACAACCCCUUUACAGAAGAGCUCGAUCAUCUAAAGGGGUACACGGGAAGUCACCAGCUAACGUAAAAAAAAAAUGUAUGUUGUGUAACAAACUAAGGGACAGACCCGCUUUUUUGCUGUAAAAAAAGAAAAGGAUAUAUCAUGCUCAGAUAUAUAAUAUCUGCCCAUGUGAAAAUAUGACCCUUACCAAAGCCAAAAAACACCAAAUAUUUCAGUGCUUUUACUUUAUUUCAUGUUUCUUGUUCCAGAGCGUUUUCUAGCACUAGUGGUUAAUAAUUAAUGUUUUCUUUCAUAGAAAACUCAGUGUUUUAUCUGGUUAAUCUUUAUAUGGAUGAGUAGCUCUUUGGAAGUCAACUAGUCAAAGAAGCUCACUCAUUUGGAAACAGUUGCAGCAUGAGGCCCAGGAGAAACUUGAUUUAUUUAAAGCUCGGUCCUGCCCUCUGUGUAAAACUACUUGUAUAUGGUGCUGCUUUCCUGUAAUUAUAAAUUUUGGACCAAUCUUUAAACUCAGCCUUCUCUCAUAGCUGCAGUUAAGAUACUGACAUGAACAAAAGUCACAUUUUCUAGACAAUGCCUUGUUCUCCUGCAGGCAGUAGUACAUAAUUGAAAAUUAUUAAAAACAGCAAACGGUUGUGGUAGCUUCUUAUAGGGAAUGAAAAGUCUCUGACCCUGUUGCUGUUCCCUUUCAUUACAGAGUUCUGUUUGCCUCAGUGCCAUUAGAAUUUGUCUGCAGAAGCAUUUCAGAUCUCUGUAGUUGAUCUUAAUUCCUGAUCAUGUUACUAAAUAGGUUAAUGGAGGGGUGCCCGCUGUGUGCUUCUGAGUGGACACAAAUAACACUGUACAAAGCUGAGGUGUAGCUCUGUAUCCGUCAGUCAUACCGCUUGGCUAAAGAGGAUCAUAGUAUUAAGUAGCAGAGAUAGAUGUAAUUCUGUGUGGCUACUGGGAUUGGAUAGAAUUGCUAAUUUUCAGUUUGAUAUGACUAAAUGAUUGAAUUGGUAGUGAAUGAAAUCACAGAACACAAAGAUGGAUGCAAAACCAAUGAGGUUUUAAAUGUUUCGUUCUCCUUGAAUCUGUAACUAAAUUUGAUUCUUUUCCAGCUGUAGUCAUUAGGACAUCAGCAAUUGGUUGUACAAUAAAGGUCGAUUAUGACUUUAAAAAAGACCACAAACUGGCUCAUUUUUUUCCUCUUCAGAGUUCCUUUAAAACACAGGUUUUGUCUGUUUCCUUUAGAUAUACCCACUUCACAAAAUGUUCUGAUAUAUUGAAUUUCUUUUAAAUACAACACAAGUACAAUAUUGAAAGAUUAAAAUUGUCUAGAGUUAUGAAUUGUCUUAUAAGAAAUGAGCUUGAAAGAUUUGAAGCUCUUCCUUACUUUCAGCAUAAAUUUUCUUAAAUGGACAUGGCUUUUUUUUGCUGAGAAGCAGACAGUGAUACAGACUAUGAGGAUUCUAGUAAGGAUCGCAAGCCUCCUGCUUUGAAUUUGAGGUAUUAACUACAUGCAACUUCCCUUAGGACAGAUAUUCUUUCAGUGAAGUGAAGAAACAAUAUAUUGUUCUAAAACAGUUUUGAAAUGGGAAAUAUCACCAAAAAUUCCUUUACUGAUGCAUCUUUGUAGAAAACUUAUUUUUCUAUUCAAAAGAAGAGAUUUUCUUCCUGAAAGCAACUUUAAGUACACUGGAAAGUACUCCAUUCAGCUGUCAACAAAGAGGCUAUAGGAAUAUUUGACAGAUAUCCUGCCCACCCGUACCAAAGAAUAAUGAAAAAAAAAAAGUAAUAAUUAAAAUGAUUUAGUGCAAUUUUAAGUUUUAGAAGGUAUCUAGCACUUGAUGGGAAAACAAGUCACUGUAAAAGGGUUUGU